UCCGGCGUCACUUCCUUAGCAGCCUGCUAGCUAGCCGUGCAGUUCGCUAGCGAGCUGCGUGACUUCGGCCGGCCGUGGUUUGAGGUAUGAUGGGCGGGAGGACGAGCACGCUGGUGGCCGGGGUGUGCGCGGCCGUCGUCGUCGCUUACUGUAUUUACUUUGACAGGAAACGGCGGAGCGACCCCAACUUCGCCAAAAAGCUACGAGAACGCAGGAGAAAGCAGAAUGCCUCCAAACAGAAGGCCGGACUGGCAAAGCUGCCUGACCUGAAGGACGCAGAGGCUGUGCAGAAGUUCUUCCUGGAGGAGAUACAGCUGGGAGAGGAGCUGCUGUCACAAGGAGACUAUGAGAAGGGCGUGGAUCACCUGACCAACGCCAUCGCGGUGUGCGGCCAGCCUCAGCAGCUGCUGCAGGUCCUCCAGCAGACGCUGCCGCCUCCCGUGUUCCAGAUGCUGCUCACCAAACUGCCCACCAUCAGCCAGAGAAUUGUGAGUUCUCAGUCCUUGGCAGAAGAUGAUGUUGAAUGAGUGUGUGUGUGUGUGUGUGUGUGUGUGUGUGUGUGUAUGUGAGAGAGAGAGCGAGGGGGGCACAGAGACCAGAAUCUGGUGGUAUUAUCGUCCCGAUAAGGGAUUUCACAUACUAAUAUGUGACACAUAUUUAGUGUGUAUACCCACUGGUGUGUGUGUGUGUGUGGGUGUGUGUGUGUUUGAGCGAGAGAGAGAGAGAGGUGAAGACCAUCUGAACCCGUCGUGUGGACACUCAGGUGACAGCAACCCCUCUAUAACGCUAAUCGUAACAAACAACGUUACUGUGGUAAAUGUUUUUGUCCGUCUCGGAAACGUCUAACACAUUCCAUAUUUCCAUUUUUCUCAUCCUGUUUUGACCAGCUCAUUUUUUUCUCGGCGCUUGUCUUUACUCCUUAUUUCCUGAAGUAAACAUGAUUUUUUUCUCUUUUCUAUACUGUUAUAUACUAAAUAAAAUCAAGAUUGUCCGUGUUGAUACGUUUAUUUCAGAUGUUUGACAGAUUUCUGUGCAAUUAAUGUGAGAGGAAUUGUAGCAGUGCCUACAUUAAUCAAGUAUUUGAGAGAAGAUUGUUUUUUUUUUUUUCCAUGCAGGUCAUAUCUGUGUUUAGAGUCUUUGUGGUGUUGUCACUGUGUUGAUGCUGAUUGUUUUGACAUGUACAAUAAAUGUUAUUUUUAUAUUCCUGACUGGCAUAUCAGGAGAUAUUUUUGUGUGUCAAAUCCCUCAAUAAAACAAUGAAAUCACA